AUGAGAAUAAUAACGGUAUUGGCAAUAUCAACGGUUGUUUUAACAACUCGAGCAGAUACGAAACCCAUACUGUCCAAUGAUGCACCUCCAGAAACACAAGCAAUCAAAGAUGAAGCAUCCCAGAUUCUCUUUGGAGAACGUGGAAUAUUAACCGGAAUUUUCCGUAUGAUGGACCAACAACGCAAAGUUCAAACGGCACCACAACAUGACACAGUUGCUGCAGACAAUAGUAAAAUCGGAAACUUCGACUUCAAAAAAAUUGUUGACACGUUGGUAUCGGGUUCUGCAUCGAAAGGAGAAUUAGGGGAUCAUGGAACUGAAUUGCCGGAAGUUCUUGGCAUCUGCAACAGAUUGAGUUGUGGAGAUAUUUAUAAAGCAAUCGACAAGUUCAGAAAAUCUGAAAUGUUCAGUAAUUUCCAGACCGCCUUGACACUUGUAAAUGAUCCAAAUGGCUGGGAAACUAUUGGAAAACUUCUCUCGAAUCCUGAACUGAUUGCUCAAUUCACUGCCGGAAGUGGAAUGGAAGAGUUAUUUGGAAGUUCACUAGGAACAGCUGAGAAAGAGAGUAAAGCAAAUAGAAGUAAAAACUCGAAGAUAAUGCCAGAAGAUGGUGAUUUUGGAAUCGACUUCAGUGAAGACGGCGAAGGAGAGAAUGUGACAAAAACAAUAGAUAAAACUGAUCCAAAAAUUGAGUUCAGUGUAGACAAAAAGGGAGGAUCAGAGGAUUACUACAGCGAGAUUGCAACCGCCGGUGACGAGUCUGAGGAGGAAAUCAUUGUGGAUCAAACCUUGCCCCCGUCUACGAAAAUUACAAAGUCAGCAGCAGGAACAACAGAUUUUAAUGAAAAACUGCCUCCGGUUUCAUUCUCGAUCGAUGGUGGAGGAGAUGAGAAGGAGACUGAAGAAACCGAAUCCGUGAUGACAGCUGAAUUGCCACCUAAAAUUUCGCCAAGGGUUUUGAAGAGAAUACAUGCCGGAGGCCCAAUAGACACAAAGGACGGAGUACAACCUGCAUCCGUGACAAGAAUUUCCUUCGCAACCACAUCCUCACCAACCACAUACUCAACGACGCCGUUCUUCCGUCCCGUACAAAUGACAACUAGACCUGUUAUGAAAACCACUUGGCGGACGAGGAUUACAACCACCACUAAACCUACCACUACUACCACACUAAGAAAUUACAGAAAGGAUAACGACUAUUAUGCAAUGUAUUAUGAUGACGUUGAUAAGGGAUAA